AUGGCGCAUAAUUACACACCCAUCUUACUCUCUGCUGCAGUGGCAGCGGCACUGCUGCUGCUGCUAACAUCGUCCGCAGCUGGAGCAGCAGCUCCGGCUCCGACGGUAGGGAUGCCGGGUUGCGACACCAGGUGUGGCAACAUGAGCGUGCCGUACCCGUUCGGCAUGGGCCCAUCCUACUGCUACCAUUCACCGGGGUUCAAACUGAGCUGCGACCAUGGACGGCUCCUCCUCGGCAACGGAACCUUCCAAGUCGCUGAGCACAUCAGCCCCAGCUUUCCCAGAUUGACCGUGGUUUACACCGGGGAUAUCCAAACUGACGGGCGCGGCCUCGGCACGUUCGGUGCCGGCAUGGGGCUUGCCGACGACAGUCCCUUCUUGCUGUCAGGCGGGAACCAGCUCGUCCUCGUAGGCUGCAACGUGCGGGCGACGCUGAGGAACGGCAACGUCACCAUGAGCGGCUGCUCCUCCUUCUGCCCCGACGGUGUCGACCAAGAACACAUGUACAUGCCGUCGAGGCUGAAGAGCAGCAUGCUCUGCUCCGGCAUAGGCUGCUGCCAGGCGCCCAUCGUCGUGAACCGCGAGGUGCUUGCUGGAUCAGGCGAGCUGGUCCCCAUCACCUCCUACGACCUGGAGCUCGACUCCUUCGGGUGGAACCGCAGCCAGGCCAGGGAGGUGCCCGCCCGCGUCUUCAUCGCCAGGGACGGCUGGUUCGCGCCCAUGAGCAUCUCACGCCAGCUCUUGUCCAAGGACUACCGCGCCGCCGCGCCCAUGGAGGUUCCCUUUUGGCUCGAUUGGGAGGUCAUAGUUGGACAACAAGGCCCUUCCUUGUCGCCCAGCUGGGAGUGCCCUGAGGACGCGGCCCGCACAGUCUGCAGGAGCAACCACUCUGACUGCACAAGAGGUGAAAGAUGGGGCUACACCUGCUCAUGCAAGAACGGUUACGAGGGCAAUCCCUACAUAUCCAACGGCUGUCAAGACAUCAACGAGUGUGGGGAUUCAGAAAGAAAUGAGUGCUUCGGCGAAUGUACCAAUACAGAUGGAUUAUAUAGGUGCGAGUGCCCAUGGGGUACCCAGGGCGACCCCUACACUCCUGGAGGCUGCUUCCCUUUCCUCACAGGUAAAUGCAUCACGUCCUGCGGCAACAUGACCCUGCCAUACCCAUUCGGCAUAGGCCCUCUCGGAUGCUACUUGCCAGGGUUCAACCUCACCUGCGACACAAGCAACCACCACACCCCACGGCUGAUGCUCGGCAACUUCCAAGUCGUUGACAUCUCCCUGCUCAACAACACUGUGCGCGUCAUCAACACUGGCCUAGUUCUUGAUAUGUACGGUGGUCGCUACGGCACGGGUGGGGGUUCCAUAGAAUUCAGCCUUUGGGAUGAGUGGCCCUACUCACUGUCGACCAGUAAUGAGCUCAUUCUGAUGGGGUGCGGAGUACAGGCGGGUCUGUUGGGCACCGGGAAACCAGCAAUCCUCAGCGGCUGCUCCUCAUUCUGCCCCUCAAACGAGGAAGGCACCUACAUCGUCGACCAUGACGAAGACGAUGACCAGUACUGUUAUGGAACUGGCUGCUGCCAGGCACGCAUCUCCAUGUCGAGGGAUGGCUGGCCCAAGGAAUUCUGGAUCAGUUGGAUGGACUCCAACAGUGCCUGGGAUGACAGAUCGCCGCACUCGUAUGCACUCAUCGCAGAGGAGGGGUGGUUCCGUAAGCGUCGUGUGUCCACCGAGCUGUCGCACCACACUCCCAGCCUGGACAUUCCCGUUGUUCUAGACUGGGAGGUCAUGCAGUUACAGUCCGCCGCUGGCUCGCGGCCACCAGCCAACUUGAGCUCGCAGCAGCAGUAUCUUAAGUGUCCUGGCAUCUGUAGUAGAAAGAACAGCCUCUGUAAACAAAGGAUCAGAGGCUAUACGUGCCACUGUGCUGAAGGUUACACCGGGAAUCCCUACCACGUCGACGGAUGCAAAGGUGGCCGCAAGUAUUUUAAAGGUUUGAGCGCAGUUAUAGGAGUUACUAGUGGGGCUGGCAUUGUACUUUUUGUUCUGAUGGCAAUCCUCGUUUCCAAAAAGCUGAAAUAUCAUAGAGAAAAAAUGAUGAAGCGCAAGUUCUUUGAGCAGAACCGCGGACAGUUGCUGCAACAAUUGGUAUCCCAGAAGGCUGAUAUUUCAGAAAGAAUGAUCAUAUCCUUAGAAGAGUUGAAGAAGGCGACAAACAAUUUUGAUAAAGCCCGUGAACUUGGUGGAGGAGGACAUGGUACCGUAUAUAAAGGAAUUUUGUCGGAUCUCCAUGUCGUAGCCAUCAAGAAACCAAAGAAGGUGAUUCAGAAGGAGAUUGAUGAGUUUAUCAAUGAGGUUGCCAUUCUAUCACAAAUCAACCAUAGAAAUGUGGUGAAACUCUAUGGUUGCUGUCUUGAAACAGAAGUGCCAAUGUUGGUUUAUGAGUUCAUAUCCAAUGGUACCCUUCAUGGUCAUCUUCAUGUCCAAGGACCAAAAUCACUUUCAUGGGAUGAUAGGUUAAGGAUAGCAAUUGAAACAUCUAAAUCUAUAGCAUAUCUCCACUCGACAGCUUCAAUACCUAUCAUACAUCGAGAUAUCAAGUCAGUUAACAUACUUUUGGAUGACACUCUGACAGCAAAGGUAGCCGAUUUCGGAGCUUCCAGAUAUGUUCCUGUGGAUAAAUCAGGGUUGACAACAAUGGUGCAAGGAACAAUAGGAUAUAUGGACCCUAUGUACUUCUACACUGGAAGGCUGACCGAGAAAAGUGAUGUUUAUGGCUUCGGUGUCAUGCUUGUCGAAAUGCUGACUAGACAAAAGCCAUUUUUAUAUAUGUCAUCUGAAGGUGAUGGCCUUGUUGCACAUUUUUCUGCCUUGUUUGCAGAAGGAAAACUAUCACAAAUAUUAGACCCACAAGUUAUAGAAGAGGGAGGCAAAGAAGUCGAUGAAGUGGCUGCGAUUGCAGUAGCAUGCAUAAAACUAACAGGAGAGGGUCGUCCAACCAUGAGGCAGGUAGAGUUGGCACUGGAAAGUGUUCAAUCACCCAAACAUCUAGGUGAUGUGGCCGUGACAAAAUCUGAGAAAGUUGGUCCAUCAAUAGAUUUUUCAUGGACUGAAAGUGGAAGAAGUUACAAGGAGUCUACCAGACAAUAUAGUAUGGAGCAAGAGUUUGAGAUUUCAGCAACAUACCCACGAUAGUCAUGUUUACUUAUGUAUUGAACAUGAUUAUUUGGGAGAUUUGUGUAUGAUCGACGGUGCCUCUAAUCCAUUUCAUUUGCUUGCAGAUUUGUUGUAUUCUAGUUCAUUU